UAGCAACCACCUCGAGGAAUACUUCGCUGGAUCUCCGCCGCUUGCCACCAUCAACCGCUUCUUACAACUCCACUUCGUCGCCAUCCCCACCGCCCCCACUGCCUUCAACCACCUCCACGACCGCCACCCUCGAUCACAAACCACUAACCACUAACCGCCAGGAAUAGACAUCCGCCAUGGUUAAGUUCUAUCAGCACACAUCGUCCUUCGAGCACGCCUGGGACAAUGUCACCUACGCUUUUUGGCUCCGCUACCCGAACCCAUUCGCCUCCCACGUUGUCGGCUGCGAUGUCAUCGACCGACAGGUCGAUCCAGAGACCGGUGUCCUCCGCACCACCCGAGUGAUUCUCAAGCAGGGCGCCCUCCCUCGCUGGGGACGACAUCUGAUCAAGAGUCCAGAUGCCUAUAUUAUUGAAGAGUCCGAGGUCGACCCUAGGACACAGACCAUGGUGACCCGUACCAAGAACCUCAACCAUGUGCGGGUGAUGCAGGUCGAGGAGACCCAGACCUUCACCGUCCACCCCGAGAAUCCAAAAUGGACCCAAGUGAAGACAGAGGCCAGAAUUAUCAGCGAGCUCCGAUGGGGUCUCACAGGAAGAGUCGAGUCCUUUGGCAUCAACAAGUUCAUGGAUAACUCGGUAAAGGCCCGAAAGGGUAUGGCCCAUAUCCUCGAACGACUUCGUCACAAUGCUUCACUCGCUGCCUCGACACCUGUAGCUGCCGCUGCCGUCGCCUCCGACUGUUAAGGAGACCCAGGGUAUCUCUUUGUUCAAGUCUGUUAGGAAUAGCAGUGGAUGCGGAAAGCAGUGGCAAUGGCAUUAUCUAUGGCCCUGAUGUUGGUUGGAAGGAAUAUGCCCGAGCGGAGGGUUCAAACGUCGCGUGCGGUGAUAUUGAAAUGCUGCUCUCUUGUUUUACAUCAUGGACAUCUUUCUCAUACGACAGUCUUCUUCUUUUGACUACUCACAUCGUUGAUCAGCUUCAUCCCCCCACAAACCUGUAUUAUAUUUUCCCUCUCCAUCACCGCUCAAUGGACGUAUCAUGUAUGCAGUCAAUAGUUUCAUCAAGCGGUCGUGUGUGUGUGCGGGGAUAGUAGCGGUCAAUAGUUAGUUUCUUAGUUUUCUUUCUUUUGUUCUUUGUUCGAUCAUAGUACUUGUAUCCGCAAAAAAGUCUGAAUAAACUCCUUGUAUCAUAACA